AUGUAUUCCAGUCAAACAAUUAUCUGGGUCUAUGCCCUGAUCACGACGAUAAUCGCCCCGGCACUGACAUUGCCUACGUCUUCAGGAACAACCAACGCCUCCUCUAUAUCGACUGUCUUCCAGUUCAAUCACAACGGGACAUGGCUCGAAAAUAUUGCAGUCCGACCUAACGGGAAACUCCUUGUCACACGCCUUGAUGCUCCCGAACUGUGGCUGAUUGACCCAGCCAACCCCAACGCUGCGGAAGCGGGGUCCCUGUUUUACAGCUUUGCCAAUGCCACUAGUCUGCUGGGUAUCACGGAAAUUAACCGAGACGUCUAUGCAGUGGUAGCAGGCAAUUUCUCCAUUGCCAGCGUCGCAAGCACCCUCGGUUCAUACGUGGUCUGGAGACUCGAUGCCUCCGGUAGCGCUCGACCAUCAGCAAGUGUUCUGGCACGAAUCCCCGAAGCCGAGUUCCUGAAUGGCAUUGUGCGGUUCGGCCAGAACACGCUUCUCAUCACAGACUCCGCCAAGGGCGUCAUCUGGCGUCUGGAUAUGAGCACGGGUCAAUACUCCCAGGCACUGUCUGAUCCCUCGAUGCUCCCCGCUGCGGGCCAGCCAUACGCUGUCGGUGUGAAUGGCAUCGACGUGCGCGGGAAGUAUGUCUAUUACACGAGUACCACACAGAUGUUGUUCUGUAGAGUCCCUGUGAAUAGCAUGGCCUCCGCGACGGGCCCCGUUGAGGUCAUCACCAGUGGCAUUACUCCCGAUGACUUUAUGCUCGGGAGCGAUGGGACAGCGUACAUCACGACAAACCCGGACAACGGACUGGUGAAGGUUGACCCGAAAGGUAGGGUGAAGUUGGUGGCUGGAAAUCAGUUCACCAUCGCUGUUGGCGGAUCCACGGCGGUUGCCAGCAAUCAAGAUGGAUCAGUCCUUUAUAUCACAACCAGCGGGGGACAGUUUUCACCCAUCCUGGGUACGCUCAUUGAGCCGGCCAAAGUUGUGGCCAUUCAUCUAUAG